AGUAAGAUUAGUACUAAUAAUAUUAUGGAAAAUUACAUCAUGUACUAUUUUUUUUAAUUUUUUUUUUUAAAUUUACGAUUUGAGUUUCUAAAGUGGUUUCCCUAAUGGUUUUUAUGUGAGUUGUUAUACGAUUUUUAGUUGCGAUUUAAGUUGUUUUGUUAGUUGCAAUAGAGAUUUGUAUGUAGAAUUCUGUAAAAAUGCAAAAAAAACUCUUUUAAAGUGUAAAAGCCCGAUUAUUAUUUUAUGAUAUGCUAAAAUACAUCAAUAUAUCACCAUUUUAGUAGUCCUUUGAAGAUGCUGCAGAUGUUGUCAAUCAAUCAACACCAGCAGCCGGCCCCUUCUUUAUAGAGUCCAUAGACUAUAUCUAUUACUAUUUAAGUGCUUGAUUAAACCCCAAAGAGAAUGAGGCCAACCCAAGAUGUGACAAAGAAAUUCAGAUCAAGAUGAGAACUUCUAUACGCACAACUAUUUGUCUAUCAUUGUCUUAUUCUUAUAACUAGACACCAAUGUAAGAAACAAAUGAAACAUCCACAUAAAUAAUAAUAAGUUUCAUUCCAUUUUUGAUGCCCUUUGUUAAUCUCUACACCGUCACUUUUUUUUUUAUUAUUCAUAAUAUAAUAGCUCAAUUGGCAUCCAAAAAUUAGUUCAUUGUUGAUUUAGUCAUUAACGUCUCAAGUAAUUAUUCUUAGCAAGACAUAACAACAUGCUUCUUUUUGUUUUAUCCAGAAACUUAGCAUAUAAGAAUAUAUCCAAAAGGGUGGCAUUUCACAUAAUUUAGUUUAGUAGCAGUAGUAGUAACAGUUAUUACUUUUAACUUGUAAGAACCCAAAAAGGAGAAAAAUGGCCAAUUCACCUUCAAUUCUUGUUGGGCCUUCCCCUAAACUUGAAUUAUCCAUUGAACAAUCUUUCAUGGAGGAAGGCAAAUCUAAGGGCUUCCAACAAUACACAGUUAAUGUUGAGAAACCUCCUUCUAGCUUUCAAAAGAUGGUUGCAGAGCUCAUUGGUACAUACUUUCUCAUAUUUAUUGGCUGUGCUGCUGCAAUUGUCAACAAAAUACAACCUUUAACAAUUGUGGGAAUAGCAAUAGUUUGGGGUCUUGUUUUAAUGGCAGCCAUUUAUGCACUUGGGCAUGUCUCGGGUGCCCAUUUUAACCCAGCAGUCACUAUUGCCUUGGCUGUUGCCAGAAAAUUCCCCUUGAAACAUGUACCUAUGUAUGUCGUUUCACAGCUGGUCGGAGCAACCCUGGCUAGCCUGACCCUCAGAGUUUUAUUCAAUGACCAAGAUAGUAAUAAUAUUCGUACAAUAAUGACUCACUACUCUGCUCCAACUACUGACCUUGAAGCCAUCGCAUGGGAAUUCAUAAUCACCUUCCUUUUGAUGUUCACAAUCUGUGGUGUUGCCACUGAUCACAGGGGGUGCAAAGAUCUUUCAGGAUUGGCAGUUGGAGCUGUACUUUUGGUCAAUGUUAUUGUUGCUGGACCCAUUACUGGAGCUUCAAUGAAUCCUGCUAGGAGUAUUGGCCCUGCUAUUGUCUUGGGGAUCUAUACAAAGAUUUGGGUCUUUAUUGUAUCUCCUAUUCUUGGAGCCAUGGCUGCCACAUUGGUCUACAGCAUUGUUAGAGUCCCUAAGCCAGAAAUAUCUGGUAGCACCACCAAAAGUAUAAACAAUCAUAUGUGUACGCAGGCUGAGCCAUAGACAGUUUAAA